AUGAACCCGGGCGAGGCUCACAUGGACAUCCUUUCAACGGCCCAGCCACAGGAGCAAAUAUAUUUAGCGCCAAACUUCUUCGGGCAUUACCCCCUCCCCUUGCACACUCAACAGGACCAGGCACAUCAAGCCCCCUACAGCUCGGGGACCCCGCACCAUGGCGCAAGCCAUUGUCUGCCACCGAUCACCCAUCAAGCUGGUUUCUACAGCAACCCCAACAUUCCAACAUCGUGCCCACCAUUCGUUCAGCCCUUUUGGCCCGCCCACGUUGCUGCUUCGAGCAUCGCGACGCAGGCGUUGCCUGCUGUUUCCAUUUCAGUUGCGCAAUCUCAUCCAUUUCUGAGCCCAGCUGACGAGAAUGUGUUCCCACUCUCCCUACCAAACCCACCAGGAUUCGGGCCUUUUGCGACGUCAGACAUGGCUGCCUCGCCAACCUUCGUGUCUGAAAGCUUCCUCCCACUUCGAGCCGAGGAAGCAUUGACCAGCCCUCACAUCCCGCAUGCAGCGCAGGCCUCGGGCCCGAGUGACCUGACUUCUGGCCCCGUCCGUGUGUCACCCACGGUUGAACAAGAUGCAGCCCAGCCGCCCACCCCCGACAUGCUCUCAUCCACAACUGGGCCGGAUUCCCGCAUGCCCUUAUCCAACCAACCUCAAUCAACGCCACCGCUUCAGACUGUGGCCGGGCCCAGGCCAUUGCGCCUCCCCCUACCAGCAGAUUUGAAAAAGUUUGAAGGACCCAUACCACGACUUCACCGGCUGCGCAAUCCUCCAAAGUACCGAUGGGACGAGACCGUGCUCAAGUUUACAGGUCCAGAACGAGAAGAUAUGCUUGCGCUCCUUGCUGGCCGAGAGACUGCUGAUCAUCAAGAAAUUUUUCAAGACUAUAAAGCUGCAUCACGUCGUGCCGUGUGGCGUAUGCAUGGACGCAAAUGCCGCACCAAAGCCAGGGCCACUUCUUUACAAGGCACCUCACAGGAUCCUGUUAAUCCUGCUUGA